UGAAGGUGUGGUAGACACAGGUGCAGAAGUAAAACAGUUUCGGUGAGCACACAGGAAGCCAAGAAACAAGGAUAUAUACAAAAUCUAUAUAAAAAUCUACCUGAGAACCACCAUCUAUUGCAGCGUGAUUGGAAAACGACAAAAUGACCAACUGGAAGCUGAUUUUUUGCAGCCUAUGUUUAAUAUCAGUGAUGUCAGCUAGUUUUGGACUGGAAGUGACGAUGAGUCAAGCUUCCAUUGAGGCUGCCAGGGGUGAUGAUGUCACCUUCACAUGUAAUUUUAAACCUAAAUUUCAAAAAAAUGAACUUAUCCUUAUAACAUGGACGGGUGAUGCUGAUGAGACAUCUGGGGAGAAGGUCAUUUUCGGUAACUAUUACUCCUAUGGUAAAGUAGACAUUGGACCAGACUAUCAAGGCAAAGCCGAGAUAGAAACUGACCUUAAUGCAAAAACAUCGAAAUUGACUCUAAAACAAGUCACACUUAAAGAAAGCAGAAGAAUUCGAUGUUUUGUUAAUAUUCCUGGAGACAUUGAAGGCAAAACAGCUGACACUACUUUACUUUUGGUUCAGGUUGCACCAUCACAACCCAUUUGUAAGGUAGUAGGCACAGCAGAAUACGGAAAUGAUAUUAGCCUUACCUGUGUCUCUGAAGAGGGCUCACCUACACCAACAUACAAAUGGGAGAGAUAUAAUGUCAAAAAUGUCCCUCAAGCAUUUCCUCUCAAAACCACCGAAAAGGAUGGAGUUUUGUCUUUGGUCAAUGUGUCCAUGGAGACAUCGGGGUAUUAUAUUUGCCUCUCAAGCAAUAAGGUUGGAUCAGCCAAAUGUAACAUGACAUUGUCCGUAAUGCCACCCUCUAUGAAUUUUGCUACAAUAGGUAUUGUGGCUGGUUGUAUUGCUGGAGUUACAGUGCUCAUAAUAAUCAUCAUCUGCUGCUGCCGCAAACGCAAACAGAAACCAAAAGACUAUGAAAAAGAGAUUUCAACUGUGGAAUACCAUGACAAACCACCACUAGAAAAUACUGAGGAUGGGAAUACAGACAUCAUGGCGAUCACUGAAGAGGGAAGUGACAAAGCUUUCAAUGAUGACCUCAAAAAUCACUUUGCUAACCCCAGAGGUAGCCGUGAUGACCUCAGUCAAGGAGGCCGUGAUGACCUCAGAGACCGCUACGAUGACCGCAGAGGAAGCCGUGAUGAACUCAGAGACCGCUGCGAUGACCGCAGAGGAAGCCGUGAUGAACUCAGAGACCGCUGCGAUGACCGCAGAGGAAGCCGGGACGAACUCAGAGAUCGCUACGACGAACGCAGAGGAAGCCGGGACGAACUCAGAGAUCGCUACGACGAACGCAGAGGUAGUCGCGAUGACCUCAGAGAUCGUUACGACGAACGCAGAGGUAGUCGUGAUGACCUCAGAGAUCGCUAUGACGAACGCAGAGGUAGUCGCGAUGACCUCAGAGAUCGCUACGAUGAACGCAGAGGUAGUCGCGAUGACCUCAGAGAUCGCUACGAUGAACGCAGAGGUAGUCGCGAUGACCUCAGAGAUCGCUAUGAUGAGCGCAGAGUAUGAUGACCAAAGAGAUCGCUAUAGAUAAAAUCAGCAAGUAUGAUGAUCGAACCAUUUAAUUAUUAUGACCACCACCAAAAUUCUUUGCUAAAAGGACAACCAUGUCAAGAUGGUAUCCAGUGUUUAUUUUAGCUCUGAAUAUGUUGUUGUACCUGCUAUAUUGUUCUAUUGUUUUAUUUGCCUAUAUUUUUUCCUGUGUUGAUAAUCAAGUCAAAUUGUGCUGUAUACCAAUGAAUCAUCCUUUUUGAUUUCCUUUUUUUAUUUGAUUUUACAGGAUUUUAAUAGAAUUUUAUAUACAGCAAAAAAAGUUGUUUUGUUAUGUCUGUUAGCUAAAGUAAUUGACAUUUUUAUUUGGACUGUUCUUCUGAAUCAUGAAUGGAUGUGCUCAUUUAUUUUUUAUAGGUAUGGGUUCACAUUUAAAUACACACUAAUGUAAACUGCCCUCUUAAGGACUUUUUAUUUUAUUUUAUUUUUUUAUACAUUUUCUGUACAUUACAUGACUGGAACUAAUUGAUGUUACACACACCUGCUUUUCAUAGUCUAAUUAGAAGGUGAUUCGACCUAGCCUACUUAAUUACUUGAUUAAAAGUAAACUGUUUCAUUUAUUUUUUCCCCAAUAAAAUGUGUAUUGGGAACAACAGCAAAGACAUUACACAUAAUAAACACAUAAUGCUUUCAACUCA